AUGGCAACAAUCCGCAAGGUCGUCAUCACAGAGUUUGGUGAUGUCAACGUGGUCAAAAUAGUCGAGACUAAUUGCUCUCCUCCUGCUCCUGGCUUCGUCCAAAUAGCGACCGAAUAUUCCGGCUUCACUGCCGGCGACAUUAGCAUGCGCAAGGUGUUGACGAAGUACGAUGCCCAAGCAGAACUCGUGAGCCAACCUGAGAAGUACUGCUUCAAAGUACCUGAUGGGCUCGAUCAUCAACAAGUCACGGCAUUGAUAUGUGAUUGGUCUACGGCGUACGCCAUGACAACCCAAGCAGCCAAGGUCACCAAGGGCCAGAGGGUGUUUAUUCACGGUCUUAGCGAUGCUGUUGGCUGUGGCCUAAUAAUCCUCUGUUCCCUCCUAGGGGCUGAGGUGUGUGGGACUGUCAGCGAGCGGAAUCAUGAAUUUGUGCGAGCCUAUGGGGUAACUCCCUUUGUUUACACGGACAAGAAGUGGACGAAUACCAAGAAAGCUCUUGAUGGUAUCCAUGCCGUAUUCGAUCCACUAGUAUAG